AUGGCGUCUCAUUACAAUGAAUUGAUGAGCACCUAUAAAAAUUAUUGCAAUGCAUUCGAUUCAUUAUAUCAGCUCAAAACAAAAGAUGAAAACGAAAUAGCUGCAAUUUAUAAAAAUCUCAAAGUUCAUCUCAUCGAUUCAAACAAAUAUCCUCCAAAUCAUAUUAUAUCCGAUAUAUCAUUCAUUUCAAAGUAUAAAAACCUGUGCAUGAAGUCGUUUUUAGCUAUUGCUAAACAAAUCUUUGAUGAAUAUCACCCAAAUACGUUUGUUAACAUUUAUUAUGCUUUUGAUUAUCUCUUUUAUAAAGAAUAUGGAAUAGUUCUUCAAGAAAGUAACAAAAGAAAAUUCAAGGAAUGCGAAACUAAAAAUUAUUCAUCAGACAUUCAUGAAGCAAAUACAAUAUACAGGGCAAUUAUGGAUGAUGACAAAGAAUUAUUCAUCUCACUCAUCGAAAGAUGUGAAUUUGAUAAAAAACAAAAACUAAAGAACGAUUUAUAUCCACCUAAUAAAGAUGGUUAUUCAUAUCUUGAAUUGUGCUGUUACUAUGGAUCUGUUGAUUGUUUUAAGUUCUUAAUCACAAAAUUUCACUCAAAAAUAACACAACAAUGCCUUCAUCUCUCAUUUUUAGGCGGAAAUCAAGAGAUCUUAAGCGAAUGCUUAAAAUGUCAACGGCCAACAAAAGAAUGCAUGAGAUAUGCAAUUGCUUCACAUAACAUUGAUUUUGUUUCAUUUUUGAACAAUGAAUACGAUAUUAAAAUCGAUGUAGACUAUUGCAGGUUGUUUAAUAAUCUUCAUGCACUUUUGGUUUAUUUAGAUCAAACUAAUGAUAUUGAUACAUGCUUUGUUGUUUCACCUAUUUUCCAUCUUUUAUCCCUUUGCAAAUAUUUUAUUUCUCAUGGUGCUAAAAUCGAUGCAAAAUAUUCCAUUAAAAGCACUCCACUUCAUUUGGCAGUAUUAUCUAAUAGUAAAGAAAUAGUUGAAUUUCUUAUUUCGCAUGGUGCUAACAUCAAAGCUAAAGAUGGACAAGAUGAUACUCCACUUCAUUAUGCUGCCUUAUUGGACUGCAAAGAAGCAGCAGAAGUUCUUAUUUCGCAUGGUGCUGAUAUCGAUGCAAAAAAUGAUUUUUCUGAAACUCCACUUCAUUAUGCAGCUGGAAAGAACAGUAAAGAAAUAGCAGAAGUUCUUUUAGUGCAUGGUGCAAAUAUCAAUGCUGGCAAGAUUUUGGGAGAAACUCCACUUCAUGUUGCAGCUGAAAAUAACAGUGUAGAAGCAAUAAAGGUUCUUAUAUCGCAUGGUGGAAAUGUCAAUAUAAGAAAUGGAAUAAAAGGGAUUCCACUCCAUUGUGCAUCUAAAAGUAACAAUAAAGAAAUGGUUGAAUUUCUUAUUUCACGUGACGCAAAUAUCAAUGCUGGAAAUGGAAUAGGAGAUACUCCACUUCAUGUUGUAGUUAAAGACAACAAUAAAGAAAUGGCUGAAUUUCUUAUUUCACAUGGUGCAAAUAUCAAUGCUGGAAAUGAUUAUCCACGAACACCACUCUAUGAAGCAUCUCUAAUGAAUAAUAAAGAAAUGGUUGAAUUUCUUAUUUCACAUGGCGCAAAUAUCAAUGCUACAGGUGCAUUAGGAAAUACUCCACUUCAUGCUGUAGUUGAAGACAACAAUAAAGAAAUGGCUGAAUUUCUUAUUUCACAUGGUGCAAAUAUCAAUGCUACAAAUAAUUAUCACGAAACACCACUCUAUUUUGCAUCUCAAAAGAAUAAUAAAGAAAUGAUUAAAUUUCUUAUUUCGCAUGGAGCUAAACAAUGA